AUGGACACAGACUGCAAUGAUUCAAACCUAAUCCCCACCACUUCUUCUCCUCCUAUCACCACCGCUAGCGGCGGCACAGCCAGUGGGAGUCCGCCGCGUAACAACAACAGAAAGUCUAAAGGCAAAGGAGGACCCGAUAAUAGCAAGUUUAAAUACAGAGGUGUUAGGCAACGUAGCUGGGGGAAAUGGGUCGCCGAGAUCCGUGAGCCACGUAAACGCACCCGCCGAUGGCUUGGUACAUUUGCAACCGCCGAAGAUGCGGCGCGGGCGUACGACCGUGCUGCCGUUAUCCUCUACGGUUCCAGAGCUCAACUCAACCUCCAGCAACCGUCUGUAGACGGCAAUAGCACGGCCACAGCCGCAGCCGCAGCCACCACAUCUGCUUCUUCACCCCCCCGUGGCGCCGGCCGUGGCAGUGGCAGUUCUUCUUCAUCUUCUACGACUCAGACCCUCCGACCGAUACUCCCACGUCCUGCGUCUUUCAAUCUCACUUUUUCACCAUCUCAGACGACGCCGUCGGGGGUGCCCAUUUUGGCUAAUUAUGUACCUUACCCGUUUUACCCUACCGUACACCAUAGUACAAAUUCUGGUGGUAAUAUAGUACAAUAUGCAAUGCAACUUGUACAACCAUAUCAGUACUUACCUUACUCCAAUUUGAAUAAAAUCAAUGUCGCAGAGGACCCCACUUUAAGAAUGACAACACCAUCAACUACAACCUCGUAUGAUCCGAACGCAAACCCUAACCCUAGAAACAAGGAUUGCCAACGGGAACAAUUACAACCGGUGCAACAAUGUCAAAAGCAUCGACCAACGAAGGAGGAGAUUAAUUCGUUGGUGGGUUCAGUGGGAUCAAGUCUUUCACUUGUGUCCAACUCGUCGCCGACAAUGAUGGUGGGAACUUCGGUUUCGGAUCCGACUUCGGUGGCUGGCGGCAAUCCAUCGUCGCCUUCUUUGUGGGCUGCGACAAAUGACGAUGAGUACCCUCCACCCAGUAUAUGGGACUACGGAGAUCCGUCAUUUGAUUUUUGA